AUGGAGACACAGUUUGCAAUCAAGAAAGACGCUACUGAAUUAAUAGGGAAUACUCCAUGGGUACAUCUUAACAACAUCACUGAAGGCUGUGUUGCUCUAAUCGCUGCUAAGCUAGAAUACUUGCAAUCCUGCUGCAAUGUUAAAGAUAGAAUAUCGUUAAGCAUGAUUGAAGAUGUUGAAAACAAGGGCCUAGUUACUCCUGGAAGGAUUGCCCUUAUUGAGCCUACAAGUGGUAACACCGGCAUAGGAUUGGCGUCGGUAGCAGCACUGAGAGGCUAUAAGCUUUUAGUGACUAUACCGUCUUAUGCGAGCCUUGAGAAAAAUUAUCUUGCGAGCUUUCGGAGCGGAUGUAUAUCUGUCAGAUCCUGCUAA